GGGUUCCCCAGCCCCUAGAGUCACGACACCCUGUACCCAGCUGUAUCCCACCCCUACCCUGUUUACUGUUUUCGUCUUCCUUUAUGUCACCUCCAACACUCCAACUAAUUUCAUUUCGCACAACGCUUCCUCCUUUUCCGUUACACACCAUCACCAUGCUGCUUCCGCAUUAGCAUUCCCCGUUCCUCUCACAAACCCUAAUCUCCUCCCUCCGCCAUGGAUCCUUGCCCUUUCGUCAGGCUCACCGUUGGCAACCUCGCCCUCAAGAUUCCCGUCGCCUCCAAACCCGCGCGCUCCGUCGUCCACCCUUCCUCCUCCCCCUGCUUCUGCAAAAUCAAGCUCAAGAACUUCCCACUCCAAUCCGCCCUCGUUCCCUUCAUCCCUCCCGACACCCACUCCCCGGACUCCCAGGUCCAACCCAUCGCCGCCUCCUUCCACCUCAGCAAGUCCGAUCUCGACAAGCUCGCCGCCAAAUCCAUCUUCGCCGGCAAGCUCUGCCUCAAAAUCUCCAUCUACACCGGCCGCCGCGGCACCACCUGCGGCGUCAACUCCGGCAGACUCCUCGCCAAAGUCUCCGUCCCCUUGGAUCUCGCCGGAACGCUAGCCAAGGCCACCGUCUUCCACAAUGGCUGGAUUACCGUCGGAAAAGACGCCAAAGGCUCCUCCGCACAGUUCCAUUUGAAUGUCAAAGCCGAACCCGAUCCUAGAUUCGUCUUCCAGUUCGACGGCGAACCGGAAUGCAGCCCCCAGGUUUUCCAGAUCCAAGGCAACAUUUCUCAACCCGUCUUCACCUGCAAAUUCAGUUUCAGAAACACCGGCGACCGAAAUCACCGUUCCAGGUCGUUACAAUCUGAGCAAGGCGGUACUAGGAGUUGGUUAAGUUCGUUCGGGAGCGAGCGGGAGCGUCCGGGGAAGGAGCGCAAGGGGUGGUCCAUAACGGUUCACGACCUUUCCGGUUCGCCGGUGGCCGCGGCUUCCAUGGUCACGCCCUUCGUCGCUUCUCCCGGUUCGGACCGGGUCAGCUGCUCCAACCCCGGUUCCUGGCUCAUUCUUCGCCCCAGCGACGGCACCUGGAAGCCCUGGGGGCGGCUCGAGGCGUGGCGCGAGCGCGGCGGCUCCGCCGGCCUCGGCUACCGCUUCGAGCUGAUACCGGACACCAACGGCGGCAUGAGCGCCGGCGGCAUAGUCCUGGCGGAGUCCACGCUGAGCUCGAACAAGGGAGGGAAGUUCGUGAUCGACAUGAGCUGCCGCGGCGGGUCGAACGGGCGCGCGACGCCGGGGAGCGCGACAUCGCCGGCGUGCAGCCCGAGGAGCAGCGGGGACUACGGGUACGGGCUUUGGCCGUAUUGUAUGUACAGAGGGUUUGUGAUGUCGGCGAGCGUGGAGGGUGAGGGGAGGUGCAGCAAGCCUACGGUGGAGGUGAGUGUGCCGCACGUGAACUGCACGGAGGAUGCGGCGGCGUUUGUGGCGUUGGCUGCUGCCGUUGAUCUGAGCGUGGAUGCUUGCAGGCUGUUCUCUCAGCGGCUGAGGAAGGAGCUCUGCCAGCAGCUGGACUUGGUUGGCUGAUUGGGCCAGUUUUUUUUGUUUGUCGUUUCGUGUUUUGCCCCUGUCGUUUUUCAAAUUUUUUAGUGGGGUUGUUCAUUUUGAGUGAGGCUUUUUACUACUAACAAACAAUUUACAGGCUGUACAGAGGAAGAAGGGUGGGAGAGUAAGUAAGUAUUAGAGUGGGCGCUGUGUAUUCACGUGUGGCUUUUCAUUGAUUUUCUCUCUUUUUUUCAUCAAUUAUGGGAAAUCAAGAAAAAGCUUUUUUUGUUUUGAAUAUAUUUUUUAGCAGAACCUUGCUGCACUGCACUGCUCAUUCGUGUUUAUAUAUUGUUUUCUUCUCAUUCUUA